AUGAAGUUCUCUACUUUCGCUACGUUGAUCAGCCUUUCUGUAGUUUUCGCAGCAGUUCUCGAUACUAGGCAAGAAUGCUCCCAGAAUGACUGUUAUCGCGCAGUCUGGCGUGACGGCGGAUUACCUCGUACCAUUCAAGCUGGACAGGACUGCAAAGACUUCCUCACUACAAGCGUCAUCUGGAACCCGAUUACCACUCUUACGGUCAUUACUCGAACAACUUCUACCACAACGACGCCAUGCCUACCGACUUUGACACCCACUGCUACGAGUCUCAUAGCGCUCCCAACUUCGUCGGAAGAGAACAAAUUAUGGAUUCGACAAGUUCAGCCUACUGAUUGGUCUACAACGACUGUCUUCGGUUCUCAGCCUUCCUACGCCACACAAGACUGUAACCCACAAGCAUACUCAUCCGCAUGUGAGUGUGCGAACAUCACUACAGCUAUAGUCACCUAUCUCGGAACUGUAAGUCGUUUGCUGAAUUAG